GUGGAUCCACACAGUCAUUCAUUUUUAAACAAAGAAAGUGAGAGAGAGAGAGAAAAAAGAGAAUUAAGAGAAACAGCACAAAAGCAAAACGACAACAUUUCACAGCGCAUAAUGACAACAGAGGAGCCGCUGCAGCAGCAGUCUCAAACAAUGUUUUGUAUGCGAAAGAAGAUGUCCGAGAUGAUCGAAACCUCAGACACCGACAGCCCCCUGCUCCACGACCAAGACAUGACCACCUCCGCCCUCGCCGCCUUCCGCGCCAAGGAGGACGACAUCGAGCGGAGGAGAUCCGAGAUUAGAGACAGAGUUCAAGCUCAGUUGACGCGCGUCGAGGAAGAAGCCAAGCGCCUUCAUCUGAUUCACGGAGAGCUUGAUUCUGUGACGGAUCCGAUGAGGAAGGAAUUAUCAGCGAUAUGCAAGAGGGUUGAAAUUGUGAAUCGAGAUGUGAAAUCGUUGGGAGUCACCUGUCAGAAGAAGGAAAAGGAGUAUAAAGAAUCGGUUGAGGCUUUCAAUGAGAAAACCACAGAAAAGGGGCAACUCCUUGCCAAAUUAGCAGAGUUGAUGAAUGAAAGCGAGAAAUUGAGAUCCACCAAAUUAGAAGAGCUCUGCAAGAACAUAUAGAAUCCAAUAAUCCCUUUUCUAGGAUUUUGUUAAGGUUUCCAUCUUGUUUGGUUGAGUGUUUGAAGAUUGUUUUCUUUUUUUGUGAUUAAGAUUGAUUUCUUCUUACUUUUGAAUCUAAUGGUGAUCGUGAUUGAAAAACUGUAGAAGCAAGAUAGUUGUGCUGUUUGUAUUUGAUUUCAGUUUGGAGGAUAUUAAUCGACAUCAAAUGCAACGGUCACCUCCUUUUACAAGAA